AUGGGUUCCAUAGUCCUUCCCCACCUACGCUCUGGCUGGCACGUCGACCAAGCCAUCCUCUCGGAGUCGUGCCGCGUCGUCGUCCUCCGCUUCGGCAAAGCUGGAUCAGCAUCCGUCAUGCAGAUGGACGAGCACCUCUACAAGAUCGCCGACAAGAUCAAGAAAUUCGCGUCUGUCUACGUCGUUGACAACACCGAGGUGCCAGAUUUCAAUGCCAUGUAUGAGAUCUAUGAUGAGUGUACGGUUAUGUUCUUCUGGCGGAACAAACACAUCCAAGUGGACUUCGGCACGGGGAACAACAACAAGAUCAACUUCGCGAUCUCCAGCAAGGACGAGCUGAUUGAUAUAAUCGAGACAGUGUACCGGGGUGCGAGCAAGGGCAAGGGCCUCGUGGUGUCGCCAAAGGACUACUCGACCAAAUGGCUGUACUGA